UGGAAUAUCAAACAGAUGAUCAAACUAACACAAGAGCACAUUGAAGCCCUGCUAGACAAAUUUGGUGGAGAGCACAAUCCCCCUUCAAUAUACUUGGAGGUGCCUGCAAGAUGUGGUGUGUCUGUGCGGGAUAGUCUAAAGAAAGCCCUAAUGAUGCGUGGCCUGAUCCCAGAAUGCUGUGCGGUGUACAGAAUCCAGGAUGGGGAGAAGAAACCCCUCGGCUGGGAUACUGAUAUCUCUUGGCUUACCGGUGAAGAACUUCAUGUAGAAGUGUUGGAAAACGUGCCACUCACUACCCAUAACUUUGUACGGAAAACAUUCUUCACAUUAGCGUUCUGUGACUUUUGCCGAAAGCUGCUAUUCCAGGGUUUCCGUUGUCAAACAUGUGGAUACAAGUUCCAUCAACGCUGUAGCACAGAGGUACCACUUAUGUGUGUCAACUACGACCAACUAGAUUUGCUGUUUGUCUCCAAGUUCUUUGAACAUCACCCAAUAUCUCAAGAGGAAGGUCCUUUUGAAGAAGCUAAUUCAGCGAUAGAGUCCUGUUCACCUUCUCCCCCUCCAUAUUCCUCUGGGCCCACCUGUCUCCCAAGUAGUUCUCCGUCCAAAUCCAUACCAAUCCCUCAGCCUUUCCGACCAGCUGAUGAAGACCACAGAAAUCAGUUUGGCCAGCGGGAUCGUUCAUCUUCAGCCCCAAAUGUGCACAUAAACACCAUAGAGCCAGUCAACAUUGAUGACAUUAUUAGAGACCAAGGACUCCAACGAAGGGAGGGAGGUACAACUCCGGGUUUAUCUGCUACACCACCUGCCUCUUUACCUGGGUCUCUCACUAGUGUCAAAUCUCUGCAAAAGUCCCCUGGACAGCAAAGAGAACGCAAGUCCUCCUCUUCCUCUACAGAAGACAGAAGUCGAAUGAAAACACUUGGUCGUCGAGAUUCUAGUGAUGACUGGGAGAUAGCAGAUGGGCAGAUUACAGUUGGUCAGCGAAUAGGAUCUGGAUCCUUUGGGACAGUAUAUAAGGGAAAGUGGCAUGGGGAUGUGGCUGUGAAAAUGUUGAAUGUAACUGCACCAACGCCUCAGCAGCUACAGGCCUUUAAGAAUGAAGUUGGAGUGCUGAGGAAAACGCGGCAUGUGAAUAUUCUCCUUUUUAUGGGCUAUUCCACCAAACCCCAGCUAGCUAUAGUUACACAGUGGUGUGAAGGAUCCAGCUUGUAUCACCAUCUACACAUAAUAGAGACCAAAUUUGAAAUGAUUAAGCUUAUUGAUAUUGCACGACAGACAGCACAGGGCAUGGACUAUUUGCACGCCAAGUCAAUCAUCCAUAGAGACCUGAAGAGCAAUAAUAUUUUUUUACAUGAAGACCUCACAGUGAAGAUAGGUGAUUUUGGUCUUGCCACAGUGAAGUCACGGUGGAGCGGGUCCCACCAGUUUGAACAGUUAUCAGGAUCUAUUUUAUGGAUGGCUCCAGAAGUAAUUAGGAUGCAGGACAAGAACCCAUAUAGCUUUCAAUCUGAUGUAUAUGCGUUUGGGAUAGUUCUUUAUGAGUUAAUGACGAGCCAGUUGCCGUAUUCAAAUAUCAACAACAGGGACCAGAUCAUAUUCAUGGUUGGUAGAGGCUAUUUAUCUCCAGACCUAAGCAAGAUUAGGAGUAAUUGUCCCAAAGCUAUGAAAAGGCUAAUGGCAGACUGUCUAAAAAAGAAGAGAGAUGAACGUCCACUAUUUCCACAGAUUCUUGCAUCCAUUGAGCUCCUGGCCCGGUCGUUGCCAAAAAUUCACCGCAGUGCAUCUGAACCGUCCUUGAAUCGAGCUGGGUUUCAGACCGAAGACUUCAGUCUGUAUGCUUGUGCUUCUCCAAAAACACCCAUCCAGGCUGGAGGAUAUGGUGGGUUCCUGACAUACAGACUAUAAGGGCAUACACCACCCACUAUAUCCUUGCAAGUACUUAAACCCCUGCUGGCAGGAGUCUGGAAAUCUUAAUUUAGCGCCACAUACAACGUUGUAAUAUGUUGGGAUGUAUAAUCAAAUUCUUGUAUAUUUACCUGUAGAAAUAUUUGUAAAUUUGUAUAUAGCUGAAAACCAUAUUUUCCAUGAAAUACUGUUUUUGUUUUGUUUUCAGUUUAAUUUGUUUAGUUUGUUUUUGUUUUGUAGGAAUAGUUCUGCACUGAAUUUAGUAUCAGUGUUUUGGAAU